CCUUUAGCCGCACCCCUCCCCCCAUUCAACCACUCGCCUCUCUGUUCCAGUGUGUUUACUACACUGCCGAGCAUAAGGGAGACACUCGUCUUCACAUGCACUGAUCCCACAGAGAAAAAAAACAGUUUUUAGUUGUAUUUGUAAGGAAACCCUCCAAGAAAUCAACAUGCCCAAGAGAAAGGCACACGGAGCAGAGGCAGGAGAAAAGGAGGAGCCCCAGAGGAGAUCAGCUCGGUUAUCGGCGAAACCGGCCCCGCCCAAGCCGGAACCAAAGGUGAAGAAGGCGGCGAAGAAAGAAAAGGCUGUGAACGACAAGAAGGAGGACAAGAAGACCAAGAAGGCGAAGGAGAACGCCGAGGCAGAGGCGAAUGAGGAAAACCACUCUGAGAACGGCGAGGCCAAGACCAACGAGGUGGAGGCAGCUCCCGAGGAGGCCAAGGAGGAGGCCAAGUCCGAGUAGCACCACUGCCCAAACUCUCUCCUCCUCCAUCUUCUACAGCCCCUUCCCCCCCACUCCACCCAAAAAACUACCCCAGCCAGUCCCACCCCACCCCCCCCUCUAAGUCUCUCUCACAUGGUUUCCCUCCAAGGCGUAUUGUUAACAGAGGAAUAUUUUUAUCAAUGAUUUUAUAAGUAUCCGUACAGAUUUUUAGCACAAAAAAGCAAAGCUGAUUAUGGAGCGCCUUGCAGAUUUGCAGUGGUCAUAUCAAAGUGUCUGCAAGCGAAAUGAACACACUAAAAUCUUUUUUAAAUGGCAUUUCAUGAUUGUUGAAGGCUUGUUUUUGGUGUAGAAAGCGUGUCCCUGCCGGAUUGGCCAUGUUGUGAGUUGUGUAUUACUGUGGGUUUUUUUGUUUGUUUGUUUCACUUCUAACUCCACAAAAAUCAGACCUUUUCUUCCUCACCUCCUCCCCUUUCUCCCCCCUUUUAUCCACGUUUUUACUACAACGGUUCAGACAUGUCGGUGUGGGCGAUUCCUUUUAGACCUCUAUAAACGUGCAGUGAGUCCCCUCCUCAUUUUUUUUUUU